AUGUCAGGCAAAGAUAAGAAAAUUGAACUACACACAGUAGGAAAGGUGGGAAGUGGCGGCCAGAGACGGAUCAUCCAGUUAACUGGAUUUAAAAAGGAGGAGAAAAAAGCGCUGCUCGAACGGCUGCUCAAACUGGACUGUGUUUUUUUGGAUCAUAAGAAAUACAGAGACUGUACACAUCUCAUAGCAAAAAAGCUGUGCAAGAGUGAAAAGUUCUUAGCUUCCUGUGCUUCUGGAAAGUGGAUACUAACUAAGGAGUACAUAAUUAAUAGUGCUGAAAGUGGCAGGUGGCUUGAUGAAACCACGUAUGAGUGGGGAUAUAAAAUUGGAAAAGACACCCGUUAUUCACCUCAAAUGCAAUCUGCACCUAAAAGGUGGCGCAAAGAACUGACACACUCCGGUGCUCCAGGGGCCUUCCAUGGAUGGAAAGUUGUCCUCCCUGCUAAGGGAGAUGAUAAACGAAUGGCAUCUAUCAGAAGAGUUCUUCAAGCUGGGAAGGCAACCAUAAGUUCAUCUGUAAAUGCAGAGCACAGUGUAACUCAUGUAUUCAUCAAUAACGAAUUUGUUUCUUCGCAAAACAAAGAAUGUGUCUCUGAAGCUCGAUACUACCCUUUGCAAUAUCUGGGAGAUUACCUUCUUGAGAAUGAAAUACAAAAUCCUGAAGCUACCCAAAUGAACCGUUUCCUGGCUGCACCGGAAAAAAAACAAAUCAUGACUAAUGUGGAGCUUGCUGAAAUUAAAAAUGCUGUUAUAAAACAUAUAUGGUUUGGGGUGGUUGUUAAGCACAGGUUUGCUCAAGGAGACCAGCUGAGUAAAUGCAAUUCAAAGGUUAAAAAUACUCAACAGUCCAGAGGCACAUGGCGUGUACUUGAAGGAUUAUUGGAAGAGUAUUUGUUUAUUGAUUUAGUCACAGAACUUGCUGGUGGACAAAAGUACUGUACACCUCCCGUGCCACUUCUUCAUGCUCUUCUAGAGCAUGCCCUAUUGGGAAAUACUGAUGGAAUAUUUUAUGCUAAACUUAAUCAUGUUUUGUACCUUGUUCUCCAAUGUGAUCCUCCUUGGAAGUCCCCGUCUAUGUUAAAGUAUUAUUUGGAUCUCCUUCAGUGUCCAAUCUGUAAGAAAGGCACAUGGUCCUUAAUAGAGACACUUGUAAGCUCUUGCCUUUAUGGCAAAACCAUUUGUCAUGCAGUCUCAGGAAGAGAAGAGGAACAGAAGGUAGUUCAUGAAACACUAUUGAAGUUUUUCUUCGAUUUAGUAAAAGCUGAAGUAGAGUUUCUGACAAAAAGUUUGGUUGAAGGGACCAAUUCACAGCGUCAGCAAGUCAUGCCACAGACAGUUCUUCUGAAGACCUUUUGGCUGGAAAGAGAAACUUCAGUGCUUUUUACCAAACACAUAAAUAUACUAGCAGAUUGGGUCAUACUUUCCCAUAGAGAAUUGAAUAGAAAAAAUUACUCUUUCAGAUGUGAAAUAGCUCGUCUAUUAAAUUCAAUUCUUGGAAUGGUAGUGGAAUAUUGGAUCAUCUCAGGUUUGCUUAUGGACAGAAAUGUGUUUCAUCAAAUAGCUGAUGGUUUAGCACAUUACAUUGCCAUUUCUUGUGACGAUUUUUCAAUAGGUGAAUUAAAGACAUUCAUUUGUUCCAUACCAUCCCCCUGGCUUCAAAUGUUUGUUGCAGAAGCAUUUUUUAAAAAAAUAUGUUUACAGAGGAAUGUAACUCUUUCUGUGCAACCUCUUUCUCUUCAGAAAAUAGUCGGUUCCUAUUUGCCUGCUUUACGAGAGCUAGAGAUGCAUGAGAGAGGAAGGAUACACAGUGCAAAGACAAAGAGAAGAGGGAAACGUCUGUGCCCUGGGUCUCAAAGGGCAUUACAGAUGCUAAAUGGCGAUAAGCAGAACCAAGUCAAAGAGCUGCCUGAUCUACCUGACUUAAGCUCUCCAUUGACAAAGAAGCAGAGGACAAAAAAAACAAAAGUUGAGGCUUCAUGCACCAAAGAGAAUUGCUACCUUUUGGCUGAAGAGGUACAUUUGAACGGGAGAAAUUCUAAAGGAGAGACAGCCCUGCAUAGAGCUUGCAUGAAUAACAGAGUGGAGAAAUUGAUUCAGCUUCUCUCUUCCUCUGGAGUAGACAUUAAUGCUAGAGACUAUGCUGGCUGGACGCCUUUGCACGAAGCCUGUAACCAUGGCAGCACAGUGUGUGUCCGCGAGAUUUUGCAGCGCUGUCCAGAGGUAGACCUGCUCAGUCAAGUGGACGGGGUGACUCCUUUGCAUGAUGCACUGUCAAAUGGACACGUAGAAAUUGGCAAGCUGCUCCUUCGGCACGGGGGACCAGUCCUUCUACAGCAGAGGGACUCCAAUGGAAAAUCACCACUGGAUUAUGUGAAGUCCAUAGCAGUAAAGCAAGACCUUUUGAAUGUUGUUCAUCCAGAAGAGAACAUUGAAAGCUUUUCUCAACGCACAGAACAAGACUUUUGCAGUCAGCAGAUAGAACUGUGGUUGAUUUUAUUUAAUAAGAUGCUGCUGAACUUGUGUUUAGUUUAUAAUCUGUCUUCACCCUUUACUUUAACUCUCAGAGAGGCAGCUUGUUCAAAUGGACUGCCAGUAAAGGCUCAUAAGAACUGUAAGAUGACCAAUAAAUUUUCUGCAGAUUGGUUAGUAGAUACGUAUUUUAGAGAGAAAGAAACUUUUCAGAAGCUGCCACAGUUUCUUCAAGACAUAUCUGCAAGUCUCUCUUGUUUCCCUAGAGAACAGGUGAAGGCUUUAUUAGCAACUCUGGAAACCAUGGUAGAGACAUGUCAGCUCUUUACUUAA